GUACUUUUAUUUGCAUUUCUUUGCCGUACUCUAAAAUAAUAACAAUAAUAUUACUAAAAAUAAAAAACCCGAAUUUCCUACCGUCAAGGUACACGUAGAGGUCAAUAGAAUUACUUGAUCCAUCAUGUCUUUUGAACAUGCCAAGGUUCUAGCCACAGAACCCCUCGCGAAUGGCGACGCCGUCUGGACCAAACUUGUCAAGCUAACUUACACUGAUUCGAAACGCCAAACGCGUACUUGGGAGUCAGCUGAGCGUACUACAAGACCCAAGAAGAGUGAAAUCGAUGGCGUCGGAAUUGUUGCCAUUCUAGAGAAGCCUACCGGGCCUGAAAUCGUUCUUCAGAAACAGUACCGCGCACCUAUUGACAAGGUUACCAUUGAGGUUCCAGCCGGUCUUAUUGACGAAGGCGAGACAGUUGAGGAGGCUGCUAUUCGCGAACUGAAGGAGGAAACUGGUUACGUGGCCAAGGUAUCUGAGACUUCGCCUAUGAUGUUUAAUGAUCCCGGGUUCUGCAAUACCAAUCUAAGAAUGGUCCACGUCACCGUUGACAUGAGUCUGCCCGAGAACCAGAAUCUGCAGCCCGAAUUAGAAGAAGAUGAGUUCAUUGAGGUCUUCCUAGUCCCGCUGACCAACCUCUACGACGAAUGCAAGAGGCUCGAAGCAGAGGGCUACGCAAUCGACGCGCGAGUAGGCACAUUUGCCGAGGGAAUCGAGUGUGCUAAGAAAUUCAAGCUGUGAGGUUUGCAGCCGAUUUAUAAUCAUUCAGGGCUUGUCUUAGGGUUGCGAAGACGGAACGUUUCAUCAUUACUGUGUACUCUGCAUAGACUUUCUGUUGUUGACGAAUACCCCGUUUGGAGAUUUCCUUCUCGCGGUUAGUAGGGCGGGAAAUAGACUAGGUUUUAGAUUGGCCACUAAUCCGGGAAUAACAUUCUAUAGGGUUAUAUUACCUUGGGACCGAUUACUCGUGACGCUCAUGAUUCUUAAGCCUGUGGCUCGAAGUGAGCCUCUAUCUUGCUAUACUUAGCGAGUUAUAGCUAUCAAAGCUUCAAAGUACCUAGAUAUCAUGUAUAAUGACUAGAGGGAACUGCGAAGCC